CCCUGGCCAACAACCAAAACUAAAUUGCCAGCCAUUGCAUAAAAAAACAUACAUAUUCCGUGCAAAGACGUUUGAAAUACUAAAAUACGGAUUAACUACGGGAUGCGAAGAAAUUAAGAAAAUCGCUGGCGAAAAACUGUCGAUAAUUAUAUACUCUAGCAGCGUUCACGCAGAAUUCGCGAAACAUAAAAGAAAAUGCAAUAAAUCUGCUGUGAGGGUCAUUGAGUAUCCAUUAGCCAAAUCAAACGCGGAUUGCUGCCUCUUGAUUCACCCGUAAAUAUGACCGAAAAGUACGACGGCAACGGCGACUACUCCUCGUACAAUGAGGAAGACAGCAAUGAGUAUGUCGGAGGCGGCGGUGGCGGGGGAGGCGGAGGCAAGCCGCGCAAAAGUGUGAGCAGCGGCGGCGCCCACAAUGGCGACAGCGGUGUCCACGAUCAUCACGGCGGACCCGAGGGCAGCGCCAAUGUGCAGCUGAAUGAGAAAGCCAGCGAAUACAUACGCGACUGCAUGGCCGAGAAGAAUCGCAUGGACAGAAAGUUUCCAAUUGCCGAGAAGCUAUUGGAGGGCGAGAUUGAGAAGGUGCAGACCACUGGACGCAUACCGUCGCGGGAACAAAAGUACGCCGACAUUUAUCGAGAGAAGCCGUUACGCAUAUCGCAGAGGGUUCUGGUUCCCAUACGCGAGCAUCCCAAGUUCAAUUUUGUGGGCAAGCUGCUUGGACCGAAGGGCAACUCGUUGCGUCGAUUGCAGGAGGAAACGCUGUGCAAGAUGACUGUGCUUGGCCGCAACUCGAUGAGGGAUCGCGCCAAGGAAGAGGAGCUGCGCAGCUCCAAGGAUCCGAAGUACGCGCAUCUGAACAGCGACCUGCACGUAGAGAUAUCAACAAUUGCGCCACCCGCAGAAGCAUAUGCGCGCAUCGCGUAUGCCAUGGCCGAGCUGCGCAAGUAUUUGAUACCGGACAGCAACGACAUCAUACGACAGGAGCAGCUGCGCGAGCUAAUGGACAGCACCAGCCUCAACGACAACGACACCAAUGCCAAGAACAGCUACAAGAAGAUGCCGCACAUGCAAAACGCCAGCGUUGGUGCCAAUGCCAUGGCUGGGUCUGGGUCUGGGCCUGGGCCAGGCAACGCUGGAGGUGGUGGCGUGGGCAUACCCAAAAAUGUAGCCCAUCACAGUUACAGCAGAGGCUCCCAGCAGUCAUCGUUUAGCAAAAAUGUAUUGGCCCCCAAGCAAAAGGUUAUGUCCAUUCUCGAAAAGGCCAGAACAGCAAUGGACGAAACCUACGGUCGCGGCUAUGACGACGGUAUUGCCUAUGAUCCACAUCAGUCCUACGACGCCUACAGCUAUGCAUCGCAUAGCGGACACGGACACGGGCCCCACGGGCCGCCCAACAACAUCUUGGGCGGCGUUGGCAACAUCAGUGGCGUUGGCGGCGGAGCACGCGGUGGCCACUACGAAACCCAAGAUUAUGAAACAGACUACACAAGGCGGGACUACUACCAGCACUCGCCCGGAUAUGCAGCUGGCGGCUCGGCGGCGCAAUCAAACCCAAACAACUCAGCAGGCCUAAAUUCAAAUCAUAAUCGCAGUCAUGUUAAUAGGUGAAAUUUGCUGGGGUGUAGCAACGCCGGCGAUGGAGAUGGUGUGAGAGGCACAGACAGUGCGACAAGUCCUAUACCGAAAACCCACAAUCUGAUCAGGAAAGCCCAAUUUGGUAACAUCAGCAAAAGCAAAAACAACAAACACAACAGCAGCAACACGUUCGUGCCAAGCUAUGAUAAACAUGAGCGCAGCAACAACACCAAUAACAACAACAAAAGCGCCUGCUUAAAGGUAACAAGAAUUGAAAACUCGGCUGAUCCGCAGAGCAACAAUUUUGAAUUAAGAAUCUCUGAUAAUAAUCAUGAGUAUUUUAUGCCACAGCAGCAGCAGCAACAGCAACAACAGACACAACAACAUGCCCCACAACAAUCAAAGACAUUGGUACAGCAACAACAUUCACAAAAAAAAUACCCACCGCACAACAGUUACAACAAAAACAGCAACAAUAACUACAAUCACUUGAAUAGGAAAAAUUAUAACAAUUCCAUCGAUGCAACAACGACGACGUUAUCAAUAGCUUCUCAUACACUGAACCAAACGGAUCAGAAUGCUGCAGCUGGCAGCAAUCGCACCAUCCACAACGACAACAACAACAACCACCACCACAGCAGCAACAACAACAACAACAACAACAUUCACACAUUAGGCAGUAAAAACAAGAACAACAUGCAAAACAACCAGAACAACACAACAACUGUUACUGCGCCCAGUAUGCUAUUAGUAAGCCCUACUUAUCCUACGCUUCAUUUUCGUGAGAUUCCGUUCUUGCCAGUGCAGUUUUUCUAAUCCACAUUCAAAUCUAACCGAUACAAUAACAGCAAAUACAGCAACAAAAUAUAGCUAAACAAUAACAACAAAUCAAGAGACAACAUCACAAAUACUUUGUACACUAAGAGGGAAGAAUAUUUACAAACGAAAAACUUAAGAUAUACAUACUUAUAUAUGUAUAUAUAAAUAUAUAUACUAAAUACAAACAUAUACAAUAUAUACAUUAAAAUAUAUAUAUACAUAUAUAUAUAUAUUUUUGAGUGCAAGGAAAUCGUUGGAUGAUACAGCUGGAUCUACAAAUUGAUAUUUUACCUUGUGUUGGCUGAUGGACGAUGGACAAUUUAUGCCAAGGAUAUAUUGUCCGGUUUUUUAAUCUAUAUUUACACAAAGAGCAAAACAUCUUUAAGAUACUCGUAUUCAAAGUGCGUGCAUAAAUAACAAAUUAUCAAGAGAUAUAACCGUUAAAUACUUAGAUAAGCACAGCUUAAAGCUGGCUCUGAUACUUUGACAUAUAUAACAACGUAACGUAAUACUAAUAUAUACAUAUAUUUAUUGCAAAUCUGCUAAAAGAACAAAAUGUAAACAUUUCUCAAAUACAUACGUACAUUUAUGUACGCAUACAAUGCUCGAUCUCCAGAAUAGAACGCACAAGUCUUCAAAAGCAGCCCAAGUUAAUAUCUAUGAAUCUAUGUAAAUCAAUGAUUAAAUUGCUAAUUAUUAUUUAAAUACCAUAGCUGCAGACAAUUGAAUUUAUAUUUAGACAAUUCUAUCCUGGAGCUGAAGGCUAUUCAUGUAUGUGUGCAUAGCGUGCUGCAAAUCUAUGAGAUUAAUUACGUGAAACUAAAUAAUUGGGCACACUUAAAUUAAAUAUAUAAAUAUAUAUAUAAAUAAAUAUAUAUACAAAUACAGAAUUGAAUAUUUACAUUCGAGUAACAAGCAAAUAAAUGAUUGAUCAAAUAAAAGUAAAAUGCUAUUUAUAAAA